UUUUUAUAAGUAGCAAUUUCUUUUUUAAGGAUUUUGAUGCCUAAAGAGGAAGUAAUUGAAAAAAUUUACGAUUUCUUUAAAGUUAAAAUUAUAUAUGGAUCUUCUCUCUCUUUUAUUUCCUCGGUUAUAGAGUAGUAUUUUCCUCUGUUUUUCUCAAUGGAAUGAAAAAUACAUCUUCAUUCCAUUUGCUUUCCUCUCUCUCUCUCUGUCUCUCUCUGUGUUUGUAGGAUUCUCUACCCUUCUCCAAAGCAACAGUAACCAGAUUUUAAAUCAUCAAAUCAAACCAAAAUCAGAGAAAGAGAAAUGCUGCCGAAGACACUGCCCUCCUUGCCCGGUUUCCGGUGUCAGCCCCAAAUCUGAAGAACAACGACAAGGAGAGGAGAAGAAGAAGAAGAGGAAAGAAAGAGAAAUGCAAGAGACUCUGCUGAGUUUCUCUGAAAAAACCAUUGACCCAACUGACAACAACAGCAAUUAUAAGAAGCAAAAAUCUGAAGAAGAAGAAGAAGAAGAAGAAGAAGAAGAAGAAGAAGAAGAGGAGGUGCUGUUUGUGGUCGCUCCACCGCGCGUGGUGGUGGGUCGGACGCGAUCCCCAGCCGGGUCGCGGCGCGUGACUCCCACCGCCGGCACCACGAACGCCACCGUGGAAAAGGUCCUCCCAAACGGAGACCUGUACACGGGAGCGUUCUUGGGGAACGUGCCGCACGGGAGCGGCAAGUAUCUGUGGUCGGACGGGUGCAUGUACGAAGGGGAGUGGAAGAAGGGAAAGGCAAGUGGCAAAGGCAAGUUCUCGUGGCCCUCGGGAGCCACCUACGAAGGGGAAUUCAAGUCGGGCCGAAUGGAGGGCCACGGCACCUUCAUUGGCAUCGACGGCGACACCUACAAGGGCUACUGGGUCGCCGAUCGCAAGCACGGCUUGGGAGAGAAGUGCUACGCCAAUGGUGAUGUCUACGAAGGCUCCUGGAAAUGCAAUUUGCAGGAUGGCGGGGGGAGGUAUGUGUGGAGCAAUGGGAAUGAGUAUGUGGGUGAGUGGAAGAACGGUGUCAUUUCCGGGAAAGGGGUUUUGGUUUGGGCCAACGGGAACACGUAUCAAGGCCACUGGGAGAAUGGGGCGCCCAAGGGCAGAGGAGUCUUCACUUGGGCCGAUGGGAGUAGCAAUGCCGGCAAUUGGGGUAAGGAUUUCCAUUUUCAGGUGGGGGCUGCCAGGAAGAGGUCGUCGGCGGACGUGGAUAAUGUGGAUUUCGAUGUUGCCAGGAACGUGAAUUUUCCGCGGAUUUGUAUCUGGGAGUUGGAUGGAGAGGCUGGGGAUAUUACUUGUGAUAUAGUGGAUAAUGUGGAGGCCUCUAUGUUCUAUAAGGACGGCAAGGAGUGUAGGUAUGCAGGUUCUAUCGCGCAGACACCGAGGAGUCCGGGUUUGUCUGCCAAUGGGGAGAUCGAGAUCAAGAAGCCGGGGCAGAUGGUAUCCAAGGGGCACAAGAACUACGAUUUGAUGCUUAACGUCCAACUGGGCAUCAGAUACUCUGUGGGAAAGCAUGCUUCAAUUCUGCGGGAGCUUAGGCCAGGGGAUUUUGACCCCAAUGAAAAGUUUUGGACGAGGUUUCCACCGGAAGGAUCCAAGUGUACGCCCCCACAUCAAUCGAUGGACUUCAAAUGGAAGGAUUAUUGUCCAAUGGUGUUCAGACAUCUGAGGGAAUUAUUUGCAAUAGAUCCGGCGGAUUACAUGCUUGCUAUUUGUGGAAAUGACGCACUUAGGGAGUUGUCUUCUCCUGGAAAGAGUGGAAGUUUAUUCUACCUCACUCAAGAUGACCGACUUGUGAUAAAAACUGUCAAGAAAUCUGAAGUCAAGGUGCUUAUUAGGAUGCUUCCAAGUUACUACCAACAUUUUUGUCAGUACAAGAACUCUUUGGUAACAAAAUUUUUUGGCGUUCAUUGUGUUAAACCAGUGGGAGGUCAAAAGACACGUUUUAUCGUGAUGGGCAAUCUAUUUUGUUCGGAAUACCGUAUCCACAAACGGUUUGACCUCAAAGGUUCUUCUUAUGGCCGCACAACUGAUAAGCCCGAGGAGGAAAUAGAUGAGACAACAACACUCAAGGACCUUGAUUUGAAAUAUGUGUUUCACUUGGAAGGUUCAUGGUUUCAAGAACUUAUCUGGCAAAUUGAUAGAGACUGUGAAUUCUUGGAAGGGGAAAGAAUCAUGGAUUACAGUCUUUUAAUUGGUGUUCACUUCUGUGAUGAAUACUCAGGUGGUGAGAUGAAGAUGUCACCAUUCGAUAUGUUUUCAGGCAGAAGAGAUAUGCAUCACAAUGAGACAUUCAUUCGAGGAUAUCAUUUGAAUAAAGUAGAGCUGCAGGAUAAGGAUUGGAUUCUGGUAGACCGGGGACCACUAAUCCGGCUAGGGGCAAACAUGCCUGCAAGAGCAGAGCUGGUGUUGAGGGUUGGAUUGGAUCAGGAUUCAGGUAGUGGAAGUAGCAAUUCAACCCCAUCACAGUGUGGUCGGGAGAUCUUUGACGUGAUUCUCUUCUUUGGAAUCAUUGACAUUCUCCAAGAUUAUGAUAUUAGCAAAAAGCUAGAACAUGCCUACAAGUCCUUCCAAGUGGAUCCCACCUCCAUUUCAGCAGUGGAUCCAAAGCUAUACUCAAAAAGAUUCCGAGACUUCAUACACAGAAUUUUUGUGGUGGACAAGUGAAAUUUUGAAGAAAACCCAAUUUUUUUGGGUGGCUUAAUCCGGGUGAAAGCCGCCAUACAGCAGGACGCCAGGGUGUGAAUGCUGCAAAUAGGCGGUGUGGCUAAUCGGCCGAUGGCGGGAAAAGCCCUAGGGACGUUAAAUGGAUAACUUUUUGACAGGUGUUGAUAAAGAGAGAGACAAGGAGGGGGUGGGUGGUUCGCAUGAAGGUGUAUAUCUUUAAGAGAGAUACAGCAGGUGAUCAAAACGUUCUUUUUUCAAUUGUUUUAUUUGUGGUGGGCAAUUCAGAUAUAUUGGUCUCUGGUAGUAGCAGGGUAUGUAAAAUAGAGAAAUGCUCCAAGAGGAAUGAGGAAUAGGUGGGGAUUAAAUAAAAAAGUGUACAGUCAGAAAAAGAUGGAUAUUGGAAUUGAACAAAAAUUUUCUUGGCAUGUUA